AUGAAACCUUCCGACAUCAAGAGUUGGACUGAGAGGCCCACUAGCUUAGGGCGAGAUGAUAACACUUUCGACGAAGCCCUUCUCUCGGACGAUGAUUGGAAAACUGUACUAGAAGAACCCAUUGCAGGCGGGGAUGGAAUGGUUUCUGUUGAUGCUAAGCGGUAUGCCGCUUUUCAGAGAUGGGAGGCUAGCCAAAAUAAGUCCCUCAACCCGAAAGAACAGCAUGUCACUCAAGGCAAGAUCGCCAAUACUUCCCAAGACAAGAAAGACACCAAACCAAGUCAACUUGAUAUUGCAAACUGGCCCUUACCUCGUUGGAAGGUGGAUGGCAAGGAAGUCAGGGCAUGGUGCAACGACAUAGAAAGAAAGAUGAAAAGACCAGGAGUCCGGGGAGAGGAUAGAGGGGUUUUCAAACAUUCGAAAAUGCUAGAGAUAAAGGAGAAGAAUCCCUGGUUCUACAGAUUGACUGAACAAGUUAACGAGUGCGCAAACCAGAUGCUCGCUGACCCCGGAAAAGUGCUAGAUCCGCAGCCCGCCGGCAAGCAACUAGUCAAAGACCCAGCCAAGACUCAAGAGGAGUUGUUGAUGGAAUGCAACAAGUGGCGUAAGGAGGUUGCCAGGGAGUUGGAGAAGGAAGUAUGGUGGCACAAUUCGAAAUUCUACAUUGAUAAGAAAAUUCGGAAACUGCAAAGGAAAAAUCCAAAGGUUUAUAGAAUCCAUCAAAAUAUGGCUGAAGAAAUGAGCUUUUAG